AGAGAGGGAGGGAGGGAGAUAGAGGGGGAAGAGAGAGAGAGAGAGAGAGGUAUGAGAGGAAAGGUGGAGGUAACAGUAGUGGAGGAGAGGACAAAUUGACGAACGUACGUCGCGGAUCUUUUGGCGGAUACGCUACUUGUCGUCGUCGUCGUCGUCAUCAUCGUCGUCGCCGUCGUCGCUGUUGCCGUUGCCGUUACCGGUACUGCCACACACUGCCGUUAUCGAUGCUCAGUCGAAUCGGCCACGAUCCAACGGGAGUUUCGUAUUCGUUCUCUCUCGCUGUGUAUCGCGCAACCGAUAUACAUCCUUCUCCCUGACCCGACGAUCUCUUCUUCCCUUUUUUUCCGUUUUUUUUUUUAUUUUUCUCCUCUCCUUCUCUUCCCUUUUUUUUUUCCGUAAUUUAUUCGCACGUAUUUAUUUAUUUAUUUAUUUUCCAUCCCAUCCUCUUCCUUUCCUCUCUUCUUCCCUUCCUCCUUCUCUCCUUUUUCUUUUCUCCCCGAUAACCAACGAUCGAUCGUCCCAUGGACUUUUCGCGACGUCGAGCUUUGCGACGAACGAUCGAACGAUCGAGUAACUCGCUGUGUGCCGGGCGGAAGCGGCGACGAUGAUCGGUCGCAGUCGCGCGAUCCAAUCCGUGUAAAUCCCGUGAUCGGCGUAUUAUUGUCGUCGGGUGAAUAUAUUAACAAAUAAUUUUUGAGUGUUGAGUGAGGAUCUCCCGUGUUCCGCGUCUUUCGUCUUUCGGGAGAGUCGAAUCUCGGGGGGGAAGAGAGGAGGGGCGAUAAAGCUGCGCUCGAUCGCCCGAUUUUUCGACGGGGGAUCUUUGAAGGAACAGUGAACGGAACGGGGGUAUUAAGAAGAGAGAAUCGAGAAGGAAGCUUGUCAAGAGGAAGAGAGAAGCGGGGUUGAUAAGGCGAUAAAGCGGCUGCCGGGAUGCGGCACGAGGAGCCGCUGAGCUGCAGCUAACACGUGGCGACUCCACGCGCACUCCGCGAUCCCUAGGAAGGCGUAUCUCAUCGUGAGAGGCUGGGACCUCCAGGAUGCCAGGGGUGUGGAGGUUGCUACGUAUGCUGAUCUAUAUGGUGGUUGGCUUGAAGAGCGUUGGUAGCAGCAGCGACAUUUGGCCGCUGGAAAGGCCAGAGGGAAUGCCAGCCAUACAAUCCCUCGAAGUGAUGUGUGGAAAGGAUCACAUGGACGUACAUCUCUCGUUCUCCCAACCCUUCGAGGGCAUCGUCUCGUCCAAAGGCCAACACGCCGACCCGCGAUGCGUCUACGUUCCACCGUCCACAGGCCAGACCUUCUUCUCCUUUCGGAUAGCCUACGCGAGAUGCGGUACCAAGCCAGACAUGCACGGACAAUUCUACGAGAACACGGUCGUCGUUCAAUACGACAAAGAUCUGCUCGAAGUGUGGGACGAGGCUAAACGAUUGCGUUGCGAGUGGUUCAACGAUUACGAGAAGACAGCUUCGAAACCGCCGAUGGUCAUCGCGGAUCUCGACGUAAUCCAGUUAGAUUUCAGAGGCGACAACGUGGAUUGUUGGAUGGAAAUUCAACACGGCAAGGGACCCUGGGCACCUCCCGUCUCCGGAAUAGUGCCCCUCGGCUCCACCCUCACCCUGGUCGUCGCCAUAAACGAUUAUCGAGGCGAAUUCGACAUGCGAGUCAAGUCUUGCGUGGCCUCUGACGGCGGUGGGCACACGAUACAGCUGAGCGACGAGUUCGGAUGCGUGCUGAGGCCGAAGAUGAUCAGCCGAUUCUUGAAGGCGAGGGGCUCCGACGAUCGUGCAACGGUCAUCACUUACGCCUUCUUUCACGCGUUCAAGUUCCCGGACGCGUUAAGCGUGCACAUCAAGUGCAAGGUUGAGAUCUGUCGUCACGGGUGUUUGGAUCACUGUCAGCUCAGCGGAUCCGUCGGCCACUACAUUCAAGAGCGCAAGGAUCAGAUACGACCGCAGUACCCGCAAACCACAAUACCUCCCACCGUUCACAACAACGAGGAUGACAGCAACAAUAGUGCCGACAAGGUUAACGAAAACGCGGGAGGUGGGGGCGAGCAGGCGGACGGUUCCCUUUACGACGACAUCAUUCAGGAUGGUGACGAGAUGACCUCGAUAGGUGGUCACUUCUUGGGGGUGGAGAAGUCGGUACCGAAGGCGCAAGCGCAGACGAGCAACCGGUUGCCAGCGCCAGUGGUCGAGAUACCGAACGAAAAACUUCAUACGGACGAGACGACCGAUCCUUCGAGCCGACCGUUCCUCGAUCCAGCACGGGUAACGCGGUACGAGAGCGACCGGGACAAAUUCCCUCACGGACCUCGCAAUCUGGAGGGGGACACGAUACCGAGCGCCACGCCGCUCUCGUCCCCUAACGGCAGACGAAAGAGAUCCGUGGUUGUGUCGGAUAGGAAAAUCCGUAGCGCGGACGUCGGCGUGAGCGGUUUGUACGAGGUGAUCUCCGAGGCCGAUCUAGCGUUCAGCCCGGACACGCACGCGGAAGCGGUAACCGUGUUUCAAGGCAGAAUACGGGAGGAAGUGGUAUACGGUAUCUGUCUGCCCAUGCCCGGUUUCAGCGCCCUCUUCAUCGUGGUGGCGCUGUCCGCGGUCGUUUCUGCGCUUGUCGCGGGCGCGAUGCUGCAUCGGUUGCAGGCGCAACGCGAGGCCGCCGACAGCAGAAAGAACAAUGGAGCUGUGCACUCGACCAACGGGUGGUUACCUUACGGGUUGCUGCGCGUACGCUGCGCGGCGAGACCAGCCCAUCCGGAACAGAUUCAACAAAAACAAACGAAUCCAGUCGCAGCCACGACGAGUCCACCGGUCGAGAGAGGAGGCUGAGAGAGGACUUUCCGUGACUUUUGUGUCGCUCGUGUCGCGGGACGCGCGACCGUGUACCACGCUCCACGAAAGACAAUGUGCAAUAAUCACGCUGUACAAAGUAUUUUAAGUGCGUCGAAUCGUACGCGCGACAGUCUCCUCCUCAUAUAUCGAUAUAACGAUCGCAUCAAUGGGACAAAGAUGUUAUGGAAAAAAAAAAAAAAAAAAAAAAUGCAGCUGAUGCGUUUCGUAAUCCGAGAGCCUUCGACUCCUCUCAAUCUCCCCUCCUUCUCGAUCAUUUAUCUAUCUCCCCUCCCCACUCUUCUCUUUCCCCUUCCUUCCUCUUUCCCUCGUCCGAGCAAAGCAAACGAAAGCGUUAUCGAACGAUUAUUUUCGACGAGUAAAAAAUAUUGGUAUUGGGUAAGUAAGGAAAAUAAUCAUCGCUAAAAGCAAUAUUCGCCGCAGGACGAGUUGAUGAAAUAUUCGCGAGAGGGAUAGCGUUGUUCACUUACUGUACAACCUGUUUCCUCUCCAGUGUUAUCGAGUGAAUAUUGUAAGGGAAAAAAAGAAAAAAAAAAAAAGAAAAAAGAAAAAAAAACACGUCUCGCUUGAUAUUGCGAAUAAUCAUAUUAUCAGAUACUUUGUAUUAUUAUUUCGCUCCUCGAUUUCGAUCAUUCAUUUCGAUCGAAUCGAGGAUGAUUAAGGGAGGAUUAAACGAAAUACGCGUCUUUUCCCCCCUAGAUGAAUCGAUGAACUUGAGAAGGUGCGUAAUAAUAAUUUUUCUAUAAGUCUGUAGAAUACGAGGAUUAAAGUGCGAUUAAAAAAAAAAAAAAAAAAAGAUUCGUUCUCUUUUGUAAGUAAGUCGUAACGCGUAUUUAAUUAGUAAUAAUUAGUACGCGUGUCUUAUCUAUUUAAUGAUGAUAUUCGCUAGAGGUGCUGAUAACGAUCAAUAUUCAUGUCAUAAUUAUAUAAUAAAAAGAUUGGACAGGCGGAUCAGAUAUAAUAAAGAUUAAUAUCAUCAUCCAAUUACUAUCGAAUAUAAUUUUGUAUAAACUAUAUAUGUAAGUAAUUCCUGAACGAAUCGAAUUACGUUAAAUAUUUUUUUUUAGAGAUCGAUAUUUUUGAUAUUUCGUAUAUCAUGCAUAUAUAAAUGAUAAAAAUCAUUGUACAUAAACGAAAACAUUUUCGGAAGAGAUUCACAAUCAAAAUUUAUAUAUAUCCUAUCUGAAUUUGAAUUCGUAAAAUUCAUCGCGCAAAGAAAUAUAUUUUAUUCGUUAAGCUUGUUGUAUUUUUUCACAUUUUUCAGAAAACUUUUUUUUUUUUGUAUUUGUUCUUCGCAUAAAAUUAUAUUUGUAUAAAAAAAUAGAAUUAAAAAUAUCUUAUUCAUAUAUAGCAAAUAAAAAAUUUAUUUCAAACACUUACACUUUACCUUGCCGCUCUUCAACGAAACUCACUAGUUUCGCGUAUUGCUAAACGCAACGAGAUUGAUAAUACAAUAAACUUAAAUUAGCAGCACCUCUAGAAUUAGCUUUAAAGAGGCUGAAAAAUAACAGCUGAAUAAAAAUACUGGUGAAAAAUAUUUUCACGAGGAAAAUUUGAAAUUGUUUCCGUCUCGAAUCUUUCUCUCUUUUUUUCUUUUUUCUUUUUUCCUCCUCUGUUUCAUGUGUCGAGAUAUUUAUAUUAUUAUACGCGAGUAAUAUAAUUACAAAAAUUUCAAUAUGGUUUAACGAAUGCCUGUCGACAUGUCUCCAAUGUAAUAUCUUGAAAAAAGAUCGAUUCCAACGAUUGUAUAGAAAGAUACAUUUAAUAUCCCGUGAACAAGAUCCUGUAUCGACCGAGCUUGAAAUAUCAUAUACACGAAUAUAACAUAUAUCCGAAAAGCUGUUUUCACGAAAAGAGCUAUUUAAAAGCAUUUGUCCAAGGAUAAAGAAUAAGAUUCAUUUUUUCUUCGACUCGAGCGUCGAUACUUAAUCGCUGUUAAAAUACAUAUACGUAUAGAAAUAUAGAAAUAAUUGUUGAAACGAAUAUAGAGAUUGGUGGAAGAGUGGUUUUUAACGAAAGGAAGAAAAGGAUCGAGUCGAUUGAGUUGAUCGAAAGAUUGCGUCUUUUAUUUAACAUCGAAUCAAUGCCAAUAAAUAUAUUUACAGGACCUAUCUCCACGGAACCAACGGAUUUUAUUCUCUUCCCGCGUUCUUUUAUUUUCCAAAGCGAAAAUGAUCGAAGACGAUUAGAGUUCGGGCAACGUUAGUAUUCCAUCAUACUUCUCUCGUGUAUUCGCUAGCUCGAAUGAGAGAGAAUAUAUUCGUGUGUAGAAGAAGGGCGGUAAAUAUAAUUAAUUACAAUUUAUUCAUAUACAAAAAGUUGAAGUGCUAAUUAAUUUUGUAAAAAAAUACAAUUAUCUCAUCGAUGAGAAAUAAUUUAUAAACAUGUUUAUAUCUACGUGUUUAUACGUUAAUAUUAAAUACUAUAUUAUUAUUAUCUUUUA